AUGAAACUUUCAUCAUUGAUAUCUGCAUUACCUCUGGUAGCUGCCUCUACGGCUGCUGCGAAGAAUGCCGUGAACCAAACCACCUGCGGAGGCACGACAUACACAUACAACGAACUAGCCGGAUACGGCUUCGUGCCCUCAAACGAAACAGAUAAAUACGGCGAUACACUAGGGGGCUAUGGUAGUUCUGCUGCAAUUGACCAGUCUUCCUGGCGCAAGACGGGCAAUAGUUCGUAUGCGGGAGUCGUCUAUACUUUGCCAGAUCGCGGGUGGAACACAAACGGAACCCUUAAUUUCCAAUCCCGCAUCCACAAACUCGCCAUCUCACUUACCCUCGCCCCCCACGCCUCAGCAUCCAACCCCUCAAAACCAAACCUUCAUCUGAAAUACCUAGACACCAUCCUCCUAACCGGCCCAGACGGUGAGCCCACAACCGGUCUCGACGCCGAUAUCACCGGCUAUGCCUCCUACCCAGGUUUCCCCCCACUACCCGUCGCGACAUACGAAGGCGAUGGCUUCGGAGGCGCAGGACCUGGGGGGAAACGUAUCUCAAUCGACAGCGAAGGUCUAGCACUAGGUCAUGAUGGGACGUUCUGGAUCUCCGAUGAAUACGGUCCAUAUGUGUACAAGUUCGACCACGAUGGGAAAAUGCUCCUGGCCAUUCAACCACCAGACGCUUUCCUCCCCCGGCGCAACGGAAGUAUCAGCUUCAACUCUGAUUCCGCGCCUAUCUACGCGCCUGACAAAAUCUCCGUCCCAGAGGAUACAGAGACAGGCCGUAAUAAUAACCAGGGUCUUGAGGCUAUCACCAUCUCCCCUGACGGAAAGACAUUAUACACGAUGAUCCAAUCCGCGCUGGACCAAGAGGGCGGGCCAAAAAAACGACAUCGUCAACCGGCGCGAAUUCUCGAGUAUGAUAUUUCUUCCCCAGAUACACCUGUUUACAAACAUGAGUACGCCGCAUUGCUUCCAAAGUACAGAGACUACACCAAGUCUGCCGAUGACAAGAAGGCCUUCCGCGUCGCGAGCCAGUCUGAGAUUCAUAUCCUCCCGUCAGGCGAUUUCCUAGUCCUAGCCCGGGACUCGGAUUUCGGUAAUGGCCAGGAAAACACACGUUCCGUUUACCGACAUGCAGAUGUCUUCUCUAUCUCGAACGCUACGGAUCUUAAAGGUUCGAAAUACGAUUCCGCGAGCGGAUCUAUCGCAUCUAGCAAAGGUGUUUUGAACUCCGGUAUCAUACCAGUAGAGUACUGUGAGUUCGUGGACUACAAUGUCAACUCCGAGUUAGCGAGAUUCGGACUGCACAAUGGUGGGGAGACGGGUCCUGGGCUUCUGAAUGAGAAGUGGGAGAGUUUGGCGCUCGCGCCUGUGGAGCCAGAGUCGAGUUCGUCUGGGAGUGGGAGGGAGUAUUUUCUGUUAAGUUUGAGUGAUAAUGAUUUCAUGACGCAGGAUGGGCAUAUGAACUUUGGGAGGUUCGAUUAUGCUGAUGAGUCGGGUUACAAUCUGGAUAACCAAGUCCUUGUUUUCAAGAUUUCUUUUUGAGCUUCAGCAGUUUUUGAUAUUUGAUAGGAAACAUAUUUCAUAAAUGAAAAAUGGAGCGG